AUGAGUGUAGACAGAGUCGUGACUAAAAGGGAGAUGUGUGAGGAUUUACAUGAAACUGGUAGUUUUACAGUAUUAACACAUUUACCGCAUUUAGUUGCAAGUUCAGUUCCAGACAAAGCACCAUUCUCAUAUCGUAUUGUUAAAAAUGAAAUAUUAAAAGCAAAAAUUGUUGAAGAUGACAAUGAUUUACUGUUAAUAACAAAAUGCGCACAUGAUUCAAAAUUUGAUAUUUUAACCAUUCAACGUCCAGCUUUAGCUAUUAUAAAAGAAAUAAUGUUUUUUGUAUCUAAAGCAAUUAAAAAGUUAAAAAAUGAUGAUUUAUUUAUUGAACAUCUUCGAUUAUUGAAAAAUAGAGAAAUAGAUAAUACAUCUUUAUCAAUAAAAGUGAAAAAGGAAAUGAAGAAAGAAGCAGAAACUCUUAUAUGGAUACUUGGAAAUGAAAAAAUACCAAGAAGAACAAUAACAAAUGAAAACAUUAUUGGUAAAUCUCAAUCAUCUGAUACUUAUGAUUUAACGAUAAGUUACAGUUAUAUUAAUAAAGAACCGGAACCGCGGUUCUCUUGUUUUCGGUUCUUGAUGCACACUUUGACUUUUUUUGGAUUCGCUGAGUAUUCUGUGAAGAACUCUUUCUGCGAACGCUCGUUCAUUGAAAUCACGAAUUGAAUGAGCUUUAUUUCUCUUACACGUUAAAUCGAUGCGAUACUGUACGUCGUAAGAGUCUGCAUCUCGUUAACAGUGUCUCAAUACAUAAAGAAAUUUGUCUUUCAGGAAGCUUAUUUCAGUCUUUGACUUCAAAUCGUGUACUCGUAUGGGUUCGAUGGAAACGAAAACCAAGGUCACUUUGUUUCUCUUUUUCAAUGAACAAGUGUUUGUGGAAAAGACAGGCCACGAUAUUUCUCGGCUCAUUUAUUCUUUCUGAAGAACAAGACAGAAUACACACGGUAAUAAAACCUGUUGCAAAUACGGUGUUGUACUAAAAAGGAAGUCGACCAAACAUAGUAAGAAGUUUCUCUUAAAUCAAUUGAGAAACUUCAUCCCAGACUCCAUUUUAAAAUCAUCAAGGAAUUUCCGUAAAGGCUGGCCACACCAGCUUGUGCUCUACACUUCUGCGCUUCAAACUCUGAAAACAAAGUCAUCGAUCUGCGUCGAUAGUGCUUAAAAAAGUCAAAAAAUGAACUUCCUUGUCGGCUACAUCUCGUGAACGAAACAUUCUUCAGAACUAGCGAACGUAUUAUUUUGUAGACAAUAACGUAUAGUAUCUAUAAUAAAAUCUUCAGGAAAAACCGUUUACCAUCCGACAGAUAUGGCAAAAAUCGUGAUUUUUCAAGAAGAAAACGGCCGAUUUAGAGCUUUUGGCAAAUUCGCUAUAUUCCAGCUGGCAAACAACUUUUUUCAAAACGGGUGUCUAAAUUUACCAGAAUGGUUGCUGUAUAUAAUCACGUAACGUUUUCAAAAUUUUGUGACUAUCGAUUGAGCACUCUCUGGUGUUUCGUAUACGAGCUGACUUAUUAAAGUAGUAGUUACUUUUUAUUGGGAUGUGUUUUUCUUAUGGAUGGACUCAUUAUUGUGCUAGCGGCUAACUGGUGAAGUCGUUCCCAUCGCUGAGAUUCUCUAAAAUUUCUGAUUUUUUGCAAACGGUCUUCUUCUUCCAACUGUAUUUCGAGUUCUUCGAGUUGAUCAUGUAAGCUAAGUGAUGAAGUUUCUUCAAAUGCGAGCUGAAAGUAGUUUUUCAAAAAACAGACAGUGAAGUUUAGUACGGUGACAAACUUUGAUCGCUUACUUUUGUUGCAAUGAAUCAAUUCGUAAUUUUAGAAGCUCUUUUUCUCGUUGUAUAUUGUUGAUUUCAUCGUGCCGUCGAGAAUUGUUUGAUUCUGAAUCAUUCAUUCGACUGUUGGAUAAACUCCUGUUUGCAACUUCAAUGCUUCGCUGAUAUUGUAAUUGUUUUAGCUAGAAAAAAACUAUCAUACUCGAAAACGGCAACUUUCCUAAAACAUACCGUAGUUGUUUUUUACCAGUUGGCGUACAUACCUCGUUUUUAUCGAUAGUCUGAAUUAAGCUCGCUAAAUCCAUUAAUAAGCUCCGUAUCUGCAAUACAAAAUUAACAAAUUUAUUUCGUAAAUUUAGAUUUCCGCCUGUUCCACCUUUUUGUAAUUUUUUGCCCAUUUUUCAUGUUCUGCUUUAUCCAUGCAGAAAACAUAAAUCGAUUUUAGCUGUGAUAAAUCAUGAAUUCUUGGGACAAUUUCAAGACCGAACCGUCCGCUAACAAUCAAAAUAAUUGUUUUUUCUUUGUUUUCUCGGAUAUAUUCAUCACAUCGAUCAACUGUCUCAAAUGCAUUGAAUGAGCGAUAGAGAUUUCUUAAUUCAGUUUUUAUGUGUACAUUGUCUUCACUAUUCUGUGCUAGCCAAAUCAAACAUACAAUUUCAUCAUUUUUUUCCUGCAUAGAAAACUUAAAAUUUCACGAACAUGUUCCAUUGUGAUUAGCAUUUGAUGAUGAAAAUGAAUUGAUGGGCGAUGGUGUGACGGAUAUGUUUUCGAAGUGUCAAACGGAGGCAGCAACAAUUGAAUCGGAGGUUCUAUUUCUUUCAAAUGGAUAAUGUGUAAACCAUCAGCUGCGUUCAUUUGGCUUACAACUUUGAGAUAAGUACCUGGCAUUAAUAAUAUUUCUUCUUCUUUCUUAAAAUACGAAUGAUGUCGAAUUCUUUUCCCCUUUGACAUUGAAUAGAAAAUAUAGUUCUUUGACCAGUAUUUCCGACAUAUACUGGCGAUUGUAGAACUUCGAUCGAAAAUGUACAUGAUGACAUAGCCCACCAUGUACAAAUCGUAUCUCGUUUGUAGUCAUUAUUCAGACUGAGUCUA